AUGCAGAGUUGUCAACGUGGCAAUGGAAGACCAAAACCAUUUCGUCUUCUAGAUCUUCCACCUAAGAUUCUUCUCAGAAUCAUCCCACUAAUUGACAUCUUCGAACUUGCCUUAGCCACCCGGAAGACUCGUCGAGUCCUCAAAUCACUGAAGAUCCCAGUCGACCAUUUCAUCAUUCAACAUCUCGAAGGAAAGCAUGGAUUCAGUUUUGGAAUUGAGGGAGGCACCGUGGUGUCUUGGUAUUUUGUGGAUGUUCCACAAGUGAAGGAUCCAAAGGAUUUUAUGUCGUUCUUCUCGAUUGAGGGGAUCGAUUUUCCAACAAGAACCAAAAACCAGAAAGAAUGCUUUGAUCAUUGCAACGGAUACGACAAUGUUUCCAUCUACAACUCGAGCAAACACAAAUCCGGAUACCGCCCAUUUCGGGAGACCUUUAAUGUCGCUGACAUCACAAAAAGAUCCAAAGGUCAGCAGUAUCAUAAUGUGAGGUACACUCCGAUUACAAUGAGUGGAGCCGCACUUCCAAAGUGUUGGACACCAAAUGUUCCGGAUGAUUAUCAAACUUGUUUGGAUUGUUUCAUAAGAUUCGUCGAAGUAGUCUUCAAGUGUGGUGUCACCGGAUACCAUAUGGACAUCAAAAGUGUGCCCAACUUUGGAAAGUUCUUCACAAAGAAUGUCAUCAAGAACUCAUGUAGAACCUUUGAGUUGAGUGGAGUGAGACCUCAAGAGGAUUCUCCAUUAACAAUGGAGGCAUAUGAUAUUGACUGGGUGCUCACGAACACCCCAAUUAAUACCAAAUUGACAAUUAAUUGUGACAGAAUUGCUGGAAAUUUCAAGCUAGAAGUGCCCCUAAUGCAAAAAGCCAUCACUUUCAACUGUGUCAUGAAAUUCUUCGCAUACGAGAAUCUGGCUCAAUCCCAAUGUAAUCAACUGGAAAUCGGAAGUGGCUCUCAGCUGAGAGAAAUUGAUUAUCGAGAGUUUAUCGCCACUUGGUUAGAUGGAAACAAUCGAGAAUUCCGUUAUUUGGACUCAAGAAUCGGCGCAAAACAUGCGGAACAUCUCAAGAAGACUCUUUUUGAUGCAUUUAAAACGGAAAAAUGUGACAUGAAACGACGAAUGGACAAUUAUGAACCCACUCCACUUCACAUUUUGUCCGAUUGGUAUGAUGGAACAGUGUACCCGAAUGCACGUGACAUUCAUAGAAGAGAUGGAAUGACGGCGACGAUUGUCGUUCAUAAUGAAUGCUUCAUUUUCGUGGUUUGGCACAAGAAGAGUCACAAACAUUGA